CACACAGCACAGUAACUUCCAUCACUAGCGCAAAAGCGAAACUCAUCAUCCAAACUAAAAUCUGUGUUUAACUCAAUUUAACCGGAGUUAUGGCAAACGUGGAAGCACUUUACAAAGAACUGACCGUCGAGUGGGCAAAGCGACCCCCAAAUACCACGCGGUGUGGUCAGCUGCUGGACCAACUAAAGGUUGCCCUGGUGAAGAUGGCUUUCCUGCCCACCGACGGAAGCGAUGCACAGAACUCAAAGAAGCAGCUGUUGCUGGCCAGAGGUGUUCUCGAGGUAGCCGUGGAGCACAGCGUUCUCAGCAAGGAUCUGCUCGCCUUCGAGCGCUACAUGGCGCAGCUGAAGUGCUACUACUACGACUACGCCAAGAUCAUCGGCGAGUCGGAGAGCAAAUACAAGCUGCUGGGCCUCAAUCUGCUUUAUUUACUGUCCGGAAACCGGGUAUCCGACUUUCAUACAGAGCUGGAGCUCCUCUCGGUAGACGUCAUCCAACACAACCAGUUCAUCCGUCCCAUCCUGGCGCUCGAGCAGUACAUCAUGGAGGGGCGCUACAACAAGAUCUUCCAGGCCAAGUCCACGGUACCCGCUGAGAUAUACAGCUACUUCAUGGACCUUCUGGUGGAGACUGUGCGCGACGAGAUCGGCGCCUGCAUUGAGAAGUCGUACGAGAAGAUAUCUGCCAAGGAUGCGGCCAAGCGCCUGAACCUGCGGGUCCCAGAUGAAAUAAAGGCAUUCGGUGAGAAGCGACAGUGGAAAUUGGAAACCAGCGGCGACUACAGCUUUACAGACCGCAGCGUUAAGCCCAAGGAGCUGCUGCCAUCCGAGGAGCUGGCCGAGCAGGUGCUCAGCUAUGCCCGCGACCUCGAAAUGAUAGUCUAAGAAGUCCCCCGCACAGCUUUUAGUGUUUGAUAUAUCUUAAAAAGUUAAUAAAUAUAAAAGUAACAUUUAAUAAA